UUACACAAAGGGGCGGUGGCGCUCAUUUAAAUAACCGGUAGAACAUGAAGGAAGAGGACGAACUUAACCUCACUGUGAUCCAAACGUACGACAAGUAUUGCACACAAAUCCUGGACAAGUCUCCAAGUGCUCAUGUGUAUUCCUUCCAGAGUGAUAAAAAUGCAUGGGCUAAAACGAAAACAGGUGGCAUAUUUUUCCUAUAUAAGCGAUCAAAAGUUCCUUUUUUCGCUUUCAUGAUUCUGAAUCGUAAGAGUCCGACAUUGAAUCAAAUUGAGUUAGUGACUGCAAGUUUACAGCUUCAGCUGCACUGUCCUUUUCUUUUAUAUAAGACUUCGAAAGGGGAUAUAUUCUCCAUCUGGUUCUUCUCUGGUUCAGAUUGUGAACGCAUCGCGGAAAAACUUGGCAAACUUGUUCACGACGUUGGUGGCUUAGGACUAAAGAUAGCUCCUACAAGCCAAUCCACAAAUUCCAAAUCUAAAUCUUCCAAUUCUGUGAUGAAUUCUAUAGUGGCUGCUCCUAAAUCUCCGGAAACAGUUACUAAAGGAUUAAAUCAGUUAAUGGAUUUCGUUCGUGCGUCCAAUGAAAAUUCCAAGGCAAACUCUUCAAACCCAUCCAAAGUUAAUGACAAUGUAUCUAAUCAUUCCGAAGGACCAAGUAUAUUUGACAUGUUACACAAGGCAGAAGCCGAUUUUAAUUCAGGAAGUAAUCGAAGCGUAUCACAAUCAGACAUAACCGUCAAAAAUGAACUACAACGUUUUCGUACAGCUUGCAAUCUUCCAGUUUCAAAUGGAAAUAAUUCAUUCGGCAAUCAUUCGGGACCAGGAGCUAGCGGAGUUUCAAGUAGUAGGAAGAAUAAACUGAGUUGUGGGUCAUCUCAGAUUGUCAAUCAUAUUUCUGUUGCUGAACUUGAAGAACAAUUACUUCAGGAGCAUAUAUCUCUUCCUGAAAACGUUGAUGGGCUAACAUCACGUUCAAAGAUAUCCGGUGAUUUAAAAACAGUUGUCGCUACAGACGAUAGUUCUCCAGAUGACCAGGUGUUAUCACAUGUGUCAGUCAUGGAGUCUUCUGCAUGCUACCUUGAAGGACAUAAAGAUACUCGUGUUGAUCGAAAUCGCCGCCUUCUUAGUGAUGAUGCUGGUUAUGUGGAUGAUGUUGAUGAUGAGGAAGCAUGCGAAGACCCUUGUGGUCGUGGUUUACCCAAAAGCUAUGGAGUUGGCCAACGUAAACAACGACGGCAUAUCCGUCAGCAACAAGAAAAUUUUUCAGAUGAAAUACAUUCACCAUCUAAUCGGUCGGUUAAUCGAAACAAACUCUCGAAUAUCACUCCCAAGUGUAAAACGAUUAUAGGAGAAGACACACUCGUUACACCUGACAUGUUAACCAGCAUCCCAUCAUCGAUUUUCCCCGGAUUAAUGUCCGAAUUUAAUUAUGGUAAACAUACUGUAUCGAGCCCUUUUUCAGAAAAUAAAGCCCCCACCUCGACAACAGAAAAAUCCGCGAUGAAUGAAUAUCUUACGAAAGAUCAACUAAGAGAAACAUUAAUUCAUUUGUUACAAACAGAUGAUGAUUUCUUACAUCGUAUACAUAUUGGUUAUGUUAAUGUAUUAGAAAAACGAUUGCCCAGAAAGUAGAAAGUGCGAUUUUCUUUAUCUGUACUUAUUGUUUUUAGUUUUAGUUGCAUCAAUAGAGAAAAGAUAUACAUUGAUUAAUUAACUAAUCAACCAACUGUAUGUAUUAUGUCAAAAUUAGAUUAUGUUAAUUAUAUUUAAUCAAUUUAUACACUUAUUGCAUAAAAAAGGAAGAAGGGGACAAAUGAGACAUGCUCUGUUCAAUUUUGUCAUUGUUUCUUUUCUGGUUGUUUUUAUUUCAGUAUAAAUUUGAACAUUUCGUUUUUUUUUUGUUAGUGAUAUCUAUCAUCCAUCGACGGUCGUAAUUUUCAAGCAUUUAUUAUUCUAUGCGUUUAUCUUAUGUAAAAAUAAGCCCAUAUACAUGAACAUACAUAUUGUGUAUAUCUUAUUAUUCAUGUGAAAAUACGUCAUAUAUGAGACGUUUUUCUAUUGUUAUCAAUAAAUAAAUAGUUGGUUUUCUUUUUCAGGAUUUCUACCAAUUUCCCAUAUGUUGUAAUGUAUGUUUGUUGGUUCUUCCUCUGCAAUAUUGUAUUCAAGAAAAAUAUUUAUCCGAAUAAAAUUGAAGUCAGAAGACCUACUCAAAAAUACAGUUGAUCUUUGCUUAUUUAAUCGUAUUGAAUGCGAGAGUUAUCAAUGGAAUUGUUAGUUCUAUCUGAAAAAGUUUAUUCGGACUUGUAUAUACAGUUCCUUACUUUUUUAUCUGAAGACAGAUCUUAUUUAACAUAUUUCUCUCCGUGUACAUAAUAUUUAACUUCGUCCAAUUGUUUCCUGCUAAUAAUAAACAGAAGCACGUUGUCCUACUGUUGUUUUCGCACCGGUUAUGAUUAUAGGAGCGUAUAAUUCAUCAAAGGGGAGCUUAGUCAAAGCCGAUAAUGUUUUAGUCAGGAAGCUUUCAUUCCUUUGGCGUUUUUGAAAGAUUUAUAAGUCUUCCUUAAAAUUAUUUUUUAGCUCAAAGUAAUAUAAUUGUAUGCUCCAACUCUAUGUAAGUUGUUUUUGUAUGUUUGAGGUUGGUAAGGAAGUUUUCGUACACUCCAUUUUAAGACCCGUAGCAAAUGUUAUCUGAAAUUCGAUCACUUGUCUCAAGUGAAAAUUGUAAUUUCUAACUGUUAUGGUGAAACGUCGAAGCAUCUACAUGAACUACGUAAGAGGCUUUUUCUCCAGUUACCCCUACUGGUCAAAGUUUCGACAAAAUAUUGAAUUAUUUUGUGCUGCUAAUUACGUAGAAUCUAGCCGAUAGGUUUUGAAUAGUCAUUCUAGUCAAAUGAAAUUUGAGUCGUUUUAGAUGUCAAUCAAAAGAUUUCUUGUGUUGCCUCAAUUCCAUAUUCAUUACAGUGUAUGUAUGAGAAAUAAACGAUAUUUCACACUUCAGUACUGAAAUACUCAGCGUUGUGCCGAUUAACUGGAAAUGAAAGCGUUUGUAGUAACUUUGAAUUGAGGCAAGAAUACGUGUUGUAACAUAAAGCAUUAUUCGGUAGAGUCACCUGGACAUUUUGGCUUGACAAGGUAGCCUUACACAACACUAAAUACCGCCAAUAUUUUUCCUGGAGUUCACACGUUCGACCCCAUCUACUUAAUUCAUUCGUCAAGGUUAUUUAUGUUUUCAGUAAAACUAGGUUGUUUUACUAUUUGUCAGAAAUUUAUUAAUGCAUAGAAAUAUAAGGAAAGGAUUAUUACGUUGUCCGUAUCCUUAGCUGUCUACCUUAAUAUGAUAAAGGGAACACCGUGGUUCAGUUUCGCUCUCUACUUACAUAAAUUUUCUAAUGAUUUUGUGUCCUACUUUUUAUACUCCAAUUGUUUGUUUACUAUUGAUAUUUUUGUUAUUCAUCCACCAUUUCCUCGAAAAUGGGACUGACGUGUGGACAUAUCUGAAACGUGUCCAAUACCACGUCGAUACAGUGACUUAUCACCAAUGCUUAUUAAUUUUAAUUUGUACUUAAUGCCAAUUAAUCAAUCUAAGUGUUUUUGAUUUAAUAACAAUGGUAAGGUCAAAACCCAUGUCAUAUAAAUCAUUCAUAUUCUAUAGAUUUUAGAAAUUAAAAUAAAUCUGAGAAGUAUUACAUACUUUCCUAAGUAGAUUCUAUUUAUAAAUAGUUUAUCAGAGUUAAGUCUAAAUAUAAACUACCAGCAUCUAUCCUUCAUGUAAUAAUUUGAAUGAGAAACUUCCAUCGGAUAGUUUUACUACAAUAUUGACAUGAUCAUAUAUAGUUUCUGUCUUAAUUAUGUAUCUUUGUGCUUCUAAUCCAAACAUCUCGUAUUAUCAUUUGUUCUGUGAAGAUUUGAUUUCCGAACUAAUGGAUACUUUUUGACUAAUAACUGUAAUUGAUAUUGUUUGAUAAUAUAUCGGGAUGAUCUGGCUUCAAAGAAAUGACUCGGAGAUAUCUUUACAAGCCCGAUACCUCAGAUACUGCUGAUCCACCUUUAUUCAGACAGUUUGAACCCAACAGUUUAUUACAUAGACUUAGGAUAUGAAAUAUUUUGUAAAAACAACGAAAUUAGCGAGGAGAUUCAACCGAAAGAAACAUUGCACAAUUCGAAAAAAGCACGAAUUCAAAAACUAUUCUAAUCAACAGGAAAACAAGCAAAAUGUGCAUUCCUCAAGAGUUCUGUUAAGUCAUCAAACAAAUAGAUGUACAAUAAGGUUGCUACCCGUUAUCUCAAGUUUCUAAACAAUUCUAUACCUCAUCUUUAGUGACCAACGUAAAACUAAUUAAUUGCAUAAUAUUUCAACAUGAUAGGAAAACUUCAAGUGAUAGUCUGAAUUUUGUAUUUGACCGAAGCUUAGUAUAUGUCUAAUACAGCUAAUUUUUAAGACUGUAAUAUUUGCUGAAUUCAUGUAAUGACGAAAUUCAAUCAUGAACAACUUGAGGCGAUUGAUUAUG